CUGUUUUCACACAAAGAAUAUUUGCACUGACCUUAUGAGUAGUUUGUGUAGUCGAUGUAAUACCGAACGAGAUUGAAUUAUUCCGUGAUAUAUCUAACUUUGAUGUUGAUGUCUAAGUGAAAGUAAACUGUUCCGUCAUUUACUUUCUAAACGUGUCCGGACAUGCCUUACAAAAUGUGACUUUUAAAUGGAGCUCAUCAUCAUCUCAGCAGAACCAAUGAUUGGAUGUUUCCUGCGUGCAGUAGCUCUUAUCAGAUGCUCUGCACUGAAAGCCGCUGAUGCCUGGACAUCAUGACAGUGUUAAAGACUGAAACUGCUGCUUUGGCUGGAAUGAGUGAAAACUUGUGGUUGGAACAAGCAUGUGCUCACCUUAUUCCUGCUUUACCAUUAUGGAUCAUUGAAUAUGCAUGGACUAAACGGAUGAUGGAGGUCUUAGAAGCUCUAGGACCCCCAUUAUGGCUAGAAGGUGACUGGCAUCUUCUGACCCUUGAAGAGCCGUGCAGAAUCCGUGUGGUGGCAGCAGAGGUCUGGAGGAUCGUGCAAGCCAGAGACAUCAAGCACUUUGAGAGAGUCACUGAGUUUGUGGAUGUUACGUACACACUUGUGCCAAGACUAGUGACCCCCAUCAAACACAUGAAGAUCAUGUUUGGUCUGCAGACUCUGGUUAUCAUGUGGAUGUUGUGGAAUGACCAGAGCACUGCUAAAAUCUCUGACAAGAUUGAAAACUUUUUCCCUAAAAGCCUUCCGGAGUAUCACAAAUGUAGCCGCAGGAACAUGGGUCUCAUGCAGAAAAACCAGGAAGAUUUCAAGGCCUUUGCUCAUGUUCUGGCCAGAGACAGGGAUAUGCGUGAGACUUACAUUCGGGAUUUAAUGGAGGAGCAAUAUGGUGAACGCUAUGCACAGAAACUGGAGGAGAGACUUGUACACUAUUUGGGAGAGCUAGAUAAAGUCCUGCCACAACCAACGUGUAUUGAACAGGUACUGAAGCAGUCCCAUUCAUAUGGGAGGGGAGAGAAGAUCAUAAAAAAAUUACUUUCAAGGGAUAGUGCAUCUCUAGCCACAGUUCUGAAGAGACUCCUGCAUUGCGCUGUAACAACAAAUCAGAGCCUUGACGACAGUCUCUCACCAUCACUUUCAAACACUUGUGAGGUACAAAGGGACGCUGAAGUACCAUCCAAUGGUACUCUCCGUGUAUUUUUGAGGUCUUCCCAGAACAGCACAAAGGAGAAUCGACUCUCACAAACCAGCACAAAAGAGCUGUUUGGUUCUCAGGGCUUGUGGCAGAAUAGAAACACAGAAACUAUUUCACCUCAGGAGAAAAUUUGUGGUGAUGGAGUAAUUGUUACGUCUACGCAGUUGUCAGAUUCUGAAAUAGAUCAGAUUGACUUCAGCCAGUCUCUUCUGGUGGAGAAGGACCUGGUUGGGAGGCACAGACAGAAGAAAACUCAAUCUGAACCAGAACAGAAGGAAAGUCAGACUGAUUUUCCAGAGCAGAUCUGCUCCAGACAUGGCAAAAAAAUGAGGAGCAUCCUUCAGGAAUGUUCUGAAGAGCUUGAUGGAGUAGUCGUACAAGCAGAAUGCACUCCCACAUCAACCCAGAGCACACCACCUCUUCUCCCGUACACACCACAACCUCAAGCAUCUCCAAACCAGCACUCAUUGUCCUCUAAUCCAGAUUCAUCCUCUACGAACAUUUCACUGUCCUACAUCCAGCAGGUCAGUCUUUCACCAGUGUCCUCAAAGAAUCCAGUUGCUCCUUCACCUUCAGUUCUCCAACAGUCCUCCUCAUCAUCUCAGUCCACAGCCUCAAAGCAACUCGCAAUCAGUGCAGGACAGAUUUUAGCUACUGUUGUCUUCACCGAACCAAGCAGAACUGAUGAACACAAUCUGAAACUGUCCUUAGAGAGUCAAAGCUUCCUAAUGCAGUCCAAGUGGCUUCAACCUCAAGUGUGCCUUAAUAGACUAAGCAAGGAAGAAUGUGCAAGAGCCAUGGAUUCAUACAGAGCCCGUGACAUUUUAGAAGGAGAACAAGAGCCUGAAGAUGAUCAAUACAUGUUAUUUGAUGUAAAUGCAUUGUAUUCUGAUUCAUACUCAGAAGACUUAGAUUCAACAGACUCUGAUGACCCUGAUUACAAGCCUGACUAAGACUAAAACAGAGGACAUCAAAAAGAAAGUCCCAGUGAAUGUAGUCUUCAUCAUGUUUUUCAGAUGCAUAGCUACUCAAACACCGAUUUUAGCAUUUUGCUGUGGAUGUUUGAAUAAACUCGCAUUAGGGUUGGGAAAAUAUGCAGCUUUUUUACUAUAUUUUCCCUUAUGGAGAUCAAAUUGUUUAAAGCUCUUGAUGGUCAGCAGGCCAGUCUUUCACCAGUGUCCUCAAAGAAACCAGUUACUCCUUAAUCUUCAGUCCACCAACAGUUCUCCUCACAAUUUCAGUCCACGGUCUCAAAGCAACUUGGCACUUAAAGAAUCAACACAGGAGAGAUUUUAGCUACCGUUGUCUUCACCGAACCAAAGAACACAAUCUGAAACUGUCCUUAGAGAGUCAAAGCUUCCUCAUGCAGUCCAAGUGGCUUCAACCUCAACUAUUCCUUCACAGAUUGACCAAGGAAGAAUGUGCAAGAGCCAUGGAUUCAUACAGAGCCUGUGACAAUUUAGAAGAAGAAAAUUGCAGCUUUUCACCUUAUUUUACCUCAUCAUUUACCUCACGGUAUUUAAAAUGCUCAGUCUUUCACCAGUGUCCUCAAAGAAACCAGUUGCUCCACCAACAGUUCUCCUCAUCAUCUCAAUCCACAGCCUCAAAAAAAACUUGUCACUCCAGGAAUCAGUGCAGGACAGAUUUUAGCCACCAUUGUCUUCACCAAACCAAGCUGAACCAAUGAACACAAUCUGAAACUGUCCUUAGAGAGUCAAAGCUUCCUCAUGAAGUCCAAGUGGCUUCAACAGACUAAGCAUAUUUUAGGUAUUUUAAGAGAACAAGAGCCUGAAGAUUAUCAAUACAUGUUAUUUGAUGAAAUAACACUGUAUUCGGAUUUAUACUCAAUAUAUACAAGCCUAACGGAGACUAAAUCAAAAGACAUUAAAAAGGUGCCAGCGAACAUGGUCUGCAACAUAUUUUUAGAUGCAUAGGUACUCAAACAUUGAGUUUGGCCAUUUUGAAUGAACUCGCAUUAGGGUUGGGAAACUAUGCAGCUUUUUUACCUCAUCGUUUACCUCAUAAAGGUCAAAAUGCUUGCCUUAAAGCUCUUGAAGGUCAAUGCCAAAAUAUUUGUGUCCAGUAUGUUUUUGGUAAUCCGUCAUUUUAGACUCCUGUUGCCCUGAAUGUCCUAUGAAGUGUGAGUAUAUAACUCUAAAACGACAUGGUUUCCAAUGUGGAACACUGUUUGCUGUUGGUUUAGUGACGCGUAUGGUGGGUCAGGGUUAUCGCUGGGUCUCUGUAUGGCGUGCUUUAGUGGAUACGUGUUGACAUGCUUUCUGUGAUUGACCUAGAAGGGUUAUGUAAGGACAGACAUUUUGGAUUAUGACGUGAGUUUUUUUUACUUUGUUUUUUGCCUACAAGGUUGUGUUGACUCUACUAAAUAGCGGGUCAGAAGUGUUUUAAGGUUAGUCUUAGCCUCACUAAUUCAGUGUUACGUGUGUACAUGCUGGUUUCUUAAAUAGGUGGUUAUGCCAACAAGUACAAAAAACAUGAAAGAGAGUUGUGGGUUUAAAAUUCAAGGUUAUUGCUCUGUAAAACUCCAUUCUGACUUUUAUUCACCUGACUUGAGUGUAAAUUUGACUUGAUGUUAUUGCAAACUACUUAGUCAUUAUUGCAUCAGAUAUAGUGCACUCAUUCAUAUACGUGCUGUCAGGUAGAAAAAAAUGGCAUUUAAUGUCUGUAGGUGUUUUGGAUAAUGAUGAUUGUUUGAGCUUGAAAGAGUUACAUAUAUGAUCCAAGUGACAGCAUUUUUUUCCUAAUUUAUUUUUGACUUUUAUUAAAGCAAUAGUU